AUGAUUCCACCAGGAGACUGUCUAUACGCUGGGAGGAAAAGGCGGAAACCCAUUCAAAAACAGAGGCCUGCCCUUGGAAAUGGGAAGUCCAAUCCUUCGAAGAGACACAGAGACCGCUUGAAUGCUGAACUGGAUCACCUGGCCAGCCUCCUGCCUUUCCCACAAGACAUAAUCUCCAAACUGGACAAGCUCUCUGUCUUGCGCCUCUGUGUCAGCUACUUCAGGGUGAAAUGCUUCUUCCGAGCUGUUCAAGAGAAGCGCCUGUCAAAGCAAUCAAAUAAUGGAAUGAAAGAAGUGGACUUCCUUAAGGAUCCUGCUAUACCUGGUGAACAUGGGCUCUUACUUGAGUCACUAAGUGGUUUUGCACUGGUGGUAAGUGCUGAUGGAAUGGUAUUCUACGCAUCCCCGACAAUUGUGGAUUAUCUAGGAUUUCAUCAGACUGACGUAAUGAAUCAAAAUAUAUAUGAUUAUAUUCACGUGGAUGACCGGCAAGAUUUCUGUAGACAACUGCACUGGGCCAUGAAUCCACCACAACUCCUGUCUGGACAAAACACGCAGACAGAGGCAGGAGAAGAAUUCAUCCUUAAUAAAAUGUUUAAAGCGCAGGAGAAUGACAUGAUGCCAACAGAAUUUUCGCCCUUUUUAAGUCGUUGUUUUACGUGCCGAAUCCGCUGCCUUUUAGAUACAACUUCUGGCUUCCUUACAAUGCAGUUUCAAGGUAAACUAAAAUUUCUCUUUGGACAAAGAAAGAAAUCUUCCUCUGGAGCAGUAUUACCUCCUCAGCUGGCCUUAUUCUGUAUAGUUGUACCAGUUUUGCUGCCUUCUGUGACUGACAUGAAGUUAAAAAGCCUUCUUUCAAAAGCAAAAUGCAAGCCGGAUAAUGCUGCCACAAUAUAUAUGAAUUCAAAGGCUAUGCCAGGACAGCACGUGGCUGAUUUCCAUGGAAGAAACAAUUUCCUAGAAGGAAAGAAUAAUAAAGAAAUGGUGAAAUGGCAAGCAAAUGAAGAUCACUGGGUUUGGAUACAAACGAAUGCACAAGCUGGUUAUCGAAAUGGUCCAUCUGAUUAUGUCAGUGCCCUACAGCAAGAUCCUAAGGAAGGAGAUGAUUAUCAGAAGAUACCAAACAGCACAGCAAGCCUGAAAGGGAACAGGGAUGCAGUAGAACUAAUGAAGCACCGUAAAUGGACCACAAUGAAAAAAGAGCAGGAUUGCAUAAAAGUCAAGUUUGAGCCUCACACAGAUGAUGAUGAUGAUGAUGAAUGUUUUAGUCCACAAGAAUUUUUCCGUUCUAAUGGGAUGCUCUUUGGUGUUCAGCACAGUAACAAUGCUAAUGGCACAUGGACUUCAAGGAAUCCAUCAAGUUCCUGUACUAGAGGUCAGCGCAACGAGAAUAUGUGCCCAAACAAAACUCUGAGACCAAUCUAUAAUAGAGACCAGCGGCUUUUCGGUUUAUCUGCCACCUAUUCUUCACACUGGGGCAACACAGAAAAUUGCCAUCCUCAUUCAAACUUGCAACAAUACACAGCAGAUAGCCAUUCAGCAGAAUAUAUAAAACUUCAGUGUCCACUAAUACCUCCAGAAGGGCUGUACAACUCUCAGAACAUGCUGAUCAAAACUGAAUACGAUUCAGAUUCUGAAAAUGUAGCUAAUAGUUAUGCCGUUUCACCAAGUCGAGUCUGGAUGGAUGAAAAGAGCGCAGUGAAGAAGCCGUCGAGUCAUUUCCCUUCUAGGGUCCAUCUCAAAGCAGAACUGGAUUUCAAUGAACAGCCGCCUCCAUGCCAAAGUCCAAAGCAUUGGGUUUACUCGCCAUAUAAUUGGCAACGCCUUGUAAUGCAUCACACCAACCUCAGUAGAAAUGGACCUGGGAAGGGGGUGGAGUACAAGGAGCCAACUCCGUUGGGCCCACAGAACCCCAUCUGUGUAGAAACUAUGGAGGGUAUGCAAGGAACAUAUUGCUGUAAUCCAUUUUAUAAUACCAGUUUUGUAGACGAGAGAGAGCUAAAUACCCAGGUGCUAAAGACACACUGUGAGUUUAAAAAUUCCAACUUUAUUCCAACAAUCAAACAUGAGCCUUUAGAUUCUCCACCUAUUCCUGGCCGUGGUCAGAAUGGAGUACAAGCUACUUUUUCUGAAAAUGCAUUAGCAGGUUCUCAGCCUCAUAAAAUAAUGGGAUGUACAUUUUCACAACAAACUGUGUAGUGUGUUAG